AUGUCUGGAACUACAUACACCAAUGCGCGGAUGAACCGAGGAAUCACAUCCAAAAGCUCCGCACCACGCUAUGCCUUGAAAGCACCAGAGCGACAAGUCGCCUUUCGAUUGGAACAUAUUGCGACGGAGAAGACAAUGCUACUACUUAAGCCGCAUGGUGAUCAAAAGUCGGAUCAUGCAUACAAGAUCUCGGACGAACAGGGCUCUCCCGUAUUCACAGCAACGGGCCGAAAAUACAAUGAUCGCUCGUGUCGAGAACUCCGUGAUUCGUCUGGGUUACCGUUAUUUGAUAUCCACACGAAGCCAUUUUCAAAUGCUUUGGGUUGGGUCGUUACCUUGCCCGGGAGCAAAAUCAGCGACGCGACAACAGCCAAGGCAACACCGAAGUUGGCUUGGAAUGGUAUCAACUUGAUCUUUUCUUUUCGGAAUAGCGCUGCGGAAGAUAGAAAAAGUGAUGAGGAUAAACAGCUCAGGCUAACAGUUAAGAAGCAUGGAGAGGCGUUGGCCUUCUUUGAUAUUGUGGAUGGGGACAGGAGGAUUGCCGAACUACGCGAGAGUAUCACCCACAAUGAGAAGUUGGUUUUGAGGAGAAUGAAGCGCGGAGGAGAUCAUCGCCCUGCCUUGGAUCUCAUUGUGAGCCCCGGUGUGGAUAUUUCACUGGUGACGGUAAUUGCGGUCAUUGUGUCUGACUGGUUCUUCGGAUCGGGUUAA